AUGGAAGAAGUUAGGGUUGUGCCUGCCUGUUCUGAGGAAUUAAAGCCUGUAGUUGGUCUGAAGUUCCAAUCAUUAGAUUUUGCACUCACAUUUUAUGAUGUGUAUGCCAGGGCUGUUGGUUUUGAUACGCACAAACAAGGGGUGAGGAAGGUGGAAGAUGUUACAACCUGGUAUUAUGUCGUAUGCAAUAGGGAAUGCCAUAAGAAGUCCAACGAGGAUGACCAGUUGAAUGCACAUUCCGGUUUCUUAAUGAAGCUCCGACGCUUAUCCAAGAGAUGUGGUUGUAAAGCGAGUAUAUCCUUCAAGUAUUUCUCUGAUAAUGGACAUGCAGGUUAUAUGGUACAGGAUUUCAACGAGGUUCAUAACCAUGAUAUGGUUGAGUCAGAGCAUAAGCAGUUUAUGUCUGUUAACCGUCAUUUGGAUGACGUUCAUCAGAAAUUCAUACUUGAUUGUUCAAAAGCGAAUAUUGGACCCACACUGACAUUUAAGGUGUUGAAAGAAACUCUCGGUGGGUUUGACCUCAUCGGUUGUACGGUUGGUGACAUCAGGAAUGCUUCACGCGACAUUAAAGCAUAUGCAUAUGGAUUCGAUGUGCAAAUGGUGUUGGACGACAUGGCUAAAAAGAAGGAAAUGUCUAAGUCGUACACAUAUCAUUAUGAGGUUAACGAGAAGAACCAGUUGGUUGCUUUGUUUUGGUGUGAUGGCUUGAUGAAAAGGAAUUACCAUAUGUUUGGUGACAUUGUAGCCUUUGACACCACGUAUAACACAAACAGGUAUUGCAUGAUAUUCACUCCUUUCACGGGAAAGGACAAUCAUGGAAGACCUGUAACCCUUGCGGCUGGCUUGGUAUGCAAUGAGAAAAUAGGAGCAUUUGGCUGGUUGUUUAGACAUUUCGUUGAAUGCAUGGGCAUAACACCGAAGAUGAUCGUGAUAGAUCAAGACAAUGGAAUGAGAUCAGCCAUUGAAGAGGUUCUGGUUGGCACGCGACACCGAUGGUGUAUGUGGCACAUAAUGCAUAAGUUGGCCACCAAGGUUCCAAAUAGGUUGUUGAGGGAUGAAGCUUUCAAGAAGGAAUUCAGUGCAUGCGUUUGGUCGGAUCUGCUUGAGCCUGGCGAAUUUGAAGAUGGGCAUUUCUGGAUACCGGCGUAUUUUAGAGAUUUUUCACUGGGUUCGAUGAUUAGGACUACAUCCAUUUCUGAAUCGGAGAACAGUUUCUACAAAAGAAUUUUGAAGCCCCGUGCGAACAUAGCCGAGUUCUACUUGAAUUUCAACCAUGCUGUUGAGUUUCAGCGAAACAGUAGGACAUCUUUAGACUACCACGAUGCCACUGUUUUUCCCAUUUUGGCCACUACCUUGCCGUUCGAGAAACAUGCUUCGACGCUAUACACAGAUACAAUGUUCAAGAGAAUACAAGAAGAAAUCGUUGAGGGUAAUGAUAGAUGUCGCGUGCUAGGAUUUUCUUCGACUGAAUUUGUUGACACAUAUAAGCUCGGGGAUAGCAAUCGCAAAUCGCAAACAGUGUCAAAGAAAGACAUUUCUAUGUUCUACGGUUUCCUCCGGCGAUUUGAGGGGGACAUUGAAUUGCUAAGGGCAUUUGUAGGCGGUGUGGAAGAACUUGGUAAUUCUAUACAAGCUGGGAAUCCGACAACGUCAGCAUCUGAAAAAAGGCGAAUGAUUGAAAAGUUUUAUGGUAUGGUGCGGCCUGAAGUGGUUGAGGUCCAUCCUCCAGAUGUUGUCAAGACCAAGGGGCAUGCAAGCAGCUCAAAGAGCCGACUGAUUUCGAAAAGAGAAAAUUCUCUAAAGGAUGCUAGUAGGCCUCUAAGACGGUGUAAGGCUUGCGAUGAGAUGGGCCACCAUGACUCCAGAAAUUAUCCAAUGCUUAAAGAGAUGGAGAUGGAGAAAGAGUUGGGGAAGGGCAAGCGUACGCUUUGA